AUGGAGAUAUCGCCAACAAAAUUAAAAAAGCGCGAUGAAAUUAGAUGGGAAUGCGUGUAUGAUACGCUCAAGAGAGCGUUAUCGUGCAAAGAAGCCAUCGAUGAGCUUACGAAAUGUCAGAGCUCAAUUCCUUCAUUGGAUGAAAAUGAUUGGCUAAUUCUCAAAAACACUUAUGAACUUUUGGAGCCGCUGGCUGGGCAAACCGACAUGUCGCAGAGCCAAUCCCCAAUGGCAUCAACAAUCAUUCCACUUUGCAAUUUUUUAAUUGCACAAAUGAAAAACUCGCCAAACUUUCAUGAGCCAGCUCAAACGAUUGUCGAACGAAUGGAGUUGGAACUUGAGAUAUACAAAAAAAUUCAAUACUUAAGGUUUGCAACCAUAAUGGAUCCUCGAUAUAAGGAACUUGAGAAAUAUUUGGCUCUUCCACCAGAAGUGACCAUCGAACCGUUAGCAUACUGGACAAGUCGCAUUACGACAUCUACUUUUCCACUACUUAUAAAAGAGGCCGAAAGAUAUUUCAUUUGCCCAGCAGGCUCGGCACAUAUUCAAGACGUAUUCUCUUCGGCAGAACUAAUUUUGAACCCCACGAGGAAGUCGAUGAGCUCCGAUGAUUUUAAUAGACUCGUAUUUCUCAAUAGGAAUCUUCAACACUACGGUUCAUAA